ACGUACGUGUCCUCAAUCACGACUACUUAAUAAAUCGGUUUCUUGGUUUAAAAGUUCCUGUUACGUUUUAACCGCCGCACAAUCUAGCUGUGGCAACGCUAAAUUAUUGCAAAUGUGUUAACUAUUUGACGGCAACUUUUAAAGCCCAGCAUCGCUAAAGUUUCUAGAGAACUUUUUCAAGAACAGUAUGGACGUUUUUUCAAUCAGCCAAUCCGACAUAGCCGGCGUUAUAAUAUGUUCAAUUGUAAUACUGCUAAUCCUGAUAGCCUGCUAUAUCCUUUACAAACCGCUAAACCGAAUCAGGGACUUGUGCGAUGUGGGUUAUGAAGAGCAUUUGCGUUUAGACAAAUAUGGACAAACUCGACGUCAGUUAGCGAACGAAGUACGUCGACGCAAGAAAGUUGGAGGAAUCCCACCCGUGUUUCCUAAUGGGUGGUUCGCUCUUUGCGAAUCAGAUGAUGUUAGAGAUGGUGAAGUUCGAGCUGUUGACGCUCUUGGUGAACAUUUUGUUGUUUUCCGGACAGAGAAAGGUGUAGCUAGCGUCUUGGAUGCUUAUUGUCCACAUCUAGGUGCUCAUUUAGGUAUCGGAAGUCGAGUGAUAGGCGACUGCGUUGAAUGCCCUUUCCACGGUUGGCGAUUUCGUGGGGAGGACGGACAGUGUACUUCUAUCCCAUAUGCAGCUGGAAAAAUUCCACAAUCCGCCCGAGUUAAAGCAUGGCCCUCUGACGAAGUAAACGGUUUUAUUCUCGUCUGGUAUCAUGCUGAGCAAGAAGAGCCAAGUUGGAAACCCCCUCAAAUACCAGAGAUUGCUGCUAAAAAAUGGUUUUACGGUGGACGUAGUGAAUACAGAGUGAAUGCCCAUAUUCAGGAGAUUCCUGAAAAUGGAUCCGACGUUGCACACUUAGAGUGUUUACAUGGUCCAUCCAUAUUGUACGGGUCCGAUCUAAAGGCAACUCUAAAUGGGAAAAGUGUCAAUGGCUUUGCACCGUUCAUGCAACAUCACUGGUCGGUGAAUUGGGAAACUGAUCCCGAAGAGAAGCACGUCGCAGUUUCCAGACUUCAUCAUGAAAUACGAAUUUUCGGCCGAUUGUCCUGCAUUUCGGUUGACGUAGAAGCCAAACAAAUUGGCCCUGGUUUGGUUUAUUUGACAUUUAAUUUUCCUUUAUUCGGAAGAUGUAUUUUGUUCGAAACUGUGACACCGGUCGAACCAAUGGUUCAACGUGUUCUUCAUCGAUUGUACGCUCCGUUGCCGAUGAUGGGGCCUUUAGCAAAAUUUAUCGUAUGGGGCGAGGCCGUCCAGUUUGAACGAGAUGUAGUUAUCUGGAACAACAAAACUUUCAUUAAAUCACCAAUACUCGUUGCUGAAGAUCGCGCUAUUAAUCUCUACCGCCGUUGGUUCAAGCAAUUUUAUUCGGAGAAUUCCCCUCUCUUCGAUUUUCAAGGAAACAAGGAUAAUGAAAUUACAAAUUGGUAACGACAAAUUAAUUUCGUACAUUCGUUGAACUAAAUGACUCAUUGUACGUCCGAACUCAAGCGGAAAAAAAUUAUUUUUUUUUUAUAAUCUUGAAAUAACGUUGUUUCGGUGUUACCACAUACUACGAAGUAGUGUUACCUUGCAGCUCUAAUAAAAAAAAAAUAUAUAUCUAA